UGUUUUACACUGCAAAGCACCACAAGAUGUGUGUUGAGCGGCACUCUUCUUUUGGGAGAAUAGAAAGUCGGUAGGGGGUGGGGACUUAAACUUGUUUCAAGAGAGAGGCAAAAGAAGGGUAUAAUUCCCCAAGCGCCGUGGGUGGAGGAUCCAAGAAGAAGAUAAGGAUAAGACUUCAACGUAGUGGGUAAUCACUGGGAAAUCCACAUGAUGGGAUCCACAUUUGGAAGAAGAUAAAAAAAAAAUAAAAAAAACAAAGCCAGAAAGUUGGAGGUUCAUGGUGGCGCGGAAUAGUUUGUGAUGCGUCAAAGCUCCAAGACUUGGCAAAACGAAAAGCUGUUUGUUAUUUCUUGCUGCCUCUUAUUUGAUUCUCAUAUAACCAGGGAGAGCAGGAGGGAGUUGAAGCCUUGACGGACCUGACGUCCAGAAACAUGACCCGCGGACGAUACCGAGGCCUUUUGCUGCUGCUGUCCUGUGUCCUUCACAGCUCUGCCCAGAGCUGCCCGUCCGUGUGCCUCUGUAUAUCUGACACCGUAAGCUGCAGCUCCAGCAGUCUGGUUAAACUACCGCGCUCCCUGCCCUCCUUCUCCGUCAACCUCGACCUCAGCCACAACUACGUGACGUGGCUGGGUCCAAGCAGCUUCAAUACGCUGCCCCGUCUGGAAAGCCUCUGGAUGGCUCACAAUCAGCUGGGCUCCCUAGGCUAUGGUGUGUUUAAUAACGUAUCCAGGCUCAGGUAUCUUGACCUGUCCUCCAACAAGCUGCAGGUGCUGGAGCAGCAUUACUUCCAGGGGCUGUGGAGGCUGGAGGAGCUCCGUCUCUUCAAUAAUAAGAUCGCACAAGUGGAGCCUGGCACCUUGAGUGGUCUGAGCAGCUUAAAAAAGGUGUACUUCAGCUUCAACCAGAUUACCCACUUCCCAUUCUUCUCCAUCCAAGACCACAGUCAUCCAUUCCUUUCCAUGCUGGACCUCUCUUCCAACCGAUUGACUCGUCUGCCGUGGGAGGACGUGAAAGCUAUGCCGGGCCUGGUGCAGCGAGGGUUAUAUCUCCACAACAACUCUCUGAUCUGCGACUGCUCCAUGUACAGUCUGUUUUGGCACUGGAAUCUAAGAGGUUACGACUCAAUUAAGGACUUUGCGGAUGAACACAUCUGCAACAUUCAUGGGGAUCCCCGGGCGUCCAUCCGGUUCCUGCGUAACAACCGCUUCUUCCUCAAUUGCUCUGUGGAAACAACAGUCAUGCAGCCCGCAGCGGUUUUCCACACCAAAGUGAUUGUUGCAGAGGGAGACAGGGUACGUCUUGACUGUCAAACAUCCCUGAGCGGCACAGACCUCUCAUUUACAUGGUUCUUCCCAGGCAGGGGCUUUAUCAACCAGACUAGCGUAAAUGACACUCUAAUUAGCAUGUUUUCCAACGGCACCGUAGAGAUCCACGCAGCCACGGUCAACGACUCAGGUCUGUAUCUGUGCACAGCUGUGGACAUUAAGCAGGCAGUGAAUGCGACUCGGGAGGUGAAUGUGACUGUGCUGCUGCCUGCAGCGGAGUCAUUCAACACCGGCUACACAACGCUGCUGGGCUGUAUAGUGACUCUGGUUCUCAUCCUUACGUACCUUUUCCUGAGUUCCUGCCACUGCAGCCGUUGUAAACAGCCUGCAGGCUACAACAACACCACCUUAUCGUCUGUCUUUUCCUCCUCCAAAAGAGGCCAAUCCAGAAUGGAAACUUUAAAGCACGUAACUUUCCUGGAGCCCAUGUUGGGUGAAAAAGGAGCUGAAUGGGAAAAUGAGAGCUGAUACUGAACAAGGUUUUUUUCCUGAUUGCUUUCUAAAAAAAAAAAAAAAAACUAUCCUCAAACUCAGGAAUCAGUAUUGAUAUGUUAUUUGAAAGUUAAUAUGAAGCAGAAACGACUAUCGUGUUUCUUCCCAAACUACCACUAAACUAAAAAAAAGCUAUUUUCUGUUACAAUUCUUCUCUUUUCUAUCUCACGAUCAGGCAGUAGCAAUAAAAGUUUCAGCUAUGGUUUAUACACCUCAUUGUAGUGUUAUUAUCUCUCUCAAAAAUCGGCUAACACCAUCUCUGUGUUCCCAGGCAAAGCAUUAAGAGAAGUAUUUCUUCUGGGAUCAGAGUAAAAUUGGGUUUAUUUUUUUUGAUAUUGGUAGUUUUAGACAAACACCUGUUCUGCUGAUGUAAUUCUGGUUUUAAAUGUCUCUGUGCUAAAGCUGUAAAUGUAUCAAAGUUAAUAAAAAUGUAAAAAGAAAUUGUAUCUAUUAGAAAAAGUAGAGGUGCCCCCUGCAGUAAUACAUCAUACAUAUGCAUAUCAUGGAUAACCUGUUGCGGGAAUCUGGCAGCGAAAAACAGUGAAUCUCCAUCUUUGUGCCGCUUAUCUGGCAAAUAGUGAAGUGCAAAAAUCAGUAGUGUCAAUAAACAAAAAACAAAGCGCAGUUGGGCUGCUCUUCAAAGACGGCGUCUCUUUGAUCGCACACAGCGGAGCACUUUGAACACUGCAGAACAAAGACGAGCGCAAAAUAUGAACUGAAGUGACAAAUUCUGCAAGCAUCCCUGGUGCAAACCCCGGGGGGGGGCAUUACCUUGUACAGCUCUGUUUUUGUUUAUUAUUUUUACCCAGCAUUUAUGAAAAGAGGGAAUUACACACAAUGACAGUGGAGAUUAAAGAUAGUGAAGGACUUGUAUGCACCGCUGUGACGAAGCCUAAUUCAGAAGGACGAAAACAUCAUGUUGAUUUUUAUGAAUAACACCACAAGACAUAGAAGUGAAUGCAAAUGAUGGGAUAUUCGAACCCUGAUGGGACAAAAUGGGGAUCUCAAAAGAAACGAAUCAAUUUCUACCACUUAAAGCUUCUAUAAUUUGUUGAAAUUGUAGUUUAAAUUUAAUGCAAACACCAGGUGGGACCAAGAAUUGUGUCAAGAUUGAAUAGGAUUAGAAGUAAUCCUAUACAGAAUUGUUCAAAGUACUUGUGAGUAUCAAUGCAUCUCACUAAGCCGAGCAUGUCGUCAAAGCAGGAGCAUCUGAUUACUUCUAAGUCUCCAAUGAAAACUAAUUUUAAAACAGGAGAGAUUAAUAUUAUUGGGCAGCAUGAAUACAAAUUCACACACAUAUAAGUCUUAACCUGAAAUCAAAUGGGUAACCGUGCAUGAAACAGGAACAGACUGGCUCUAAUCACUGAAAACUCCAAAGGGAUUACACAUAAAUCUGUCAGACUAAGAGAACUGUAUUGUACUUUACCACUCAAGUUUCAAUAAUUUGCAAGGCCGCAGAAACAUUUAAUUCCCUGAACAGAGAUGACGUAACGUGCUGCCGUGCGCUCGUGUGAUGUAACAUCAUGUAUCACCAGAGUCUGUCGUGACAUGUUAUUUUUCAAAGGCAAGGAACUGGAAACAUUAACAGGUUUGAUGAGUAGGGGUUUAGCUUUUAGAAGAUUACGCGGAUAAAAAAAAUAAAAUCAGGUGCUUUGUCAUUUCCAGGGUUUUUAAAUCCCUCUAAUCUGGUUCUGGUCUCUGACACGAACAAAGCUGGGUGGGGAUUUAUUGUUUCUGAUAUGAUUUCGCGCAAAGCUAGAACACAGGGGACAUGAUGUGAGCAUCUCAUAAAUGUGCACAGGUGACCGUGGUUACAUAACAUAAGCGCAUUGCUGAUUUAGAGACUCAACCACACUGUCAAGCAGCACAUUAAAGUUGCGAUGCAUGAAAUUAGGAUCUGAAUGACAUUUGGUAUUCAGCAAUAUAUUUUAAUCCUUGCGACAGCGUGCAUUUAACUGAUAACAAAAGGCCUUGACAGUGCAUUCUGAAAAUAAAUAUACACCAUGAAUAAUCAUUUAAUAGUUUUAUGUAAUGUAUGGCAGCUUAUUUCUAACUAGUUAUAAGUAGGGCUGCUCAAAUUCACAUGUUACUAUUUCAUUCAAAUGUCCUUUCUACACAAAAACCUACGAGCCCACGUAGCUCGGUCCAUCUGCUUUCUGCAAAAUAUCCUGAGUUGCUCCAACAAAUGAUCUAGAUGUAAAUGAAGCACCCCUCAAUGUUUGAAAAGAUGCCCUCCUCAUAAGCAAAACACUCCAUCAGGCUUCAAUUAAGGCAUGCACUUCCCGUCCCAGAUUAAUUGUUUUUCCUAGUUCGGCUGGGCUCCCAGGGAUUCAAACUCAUCUUAGUCAAGAAUCUAAUUACUGUGAAAAAGGAGUUUUUAUUCUGAAUAGCACAAGUUGAAUUGCUUUUCACUGGUGGAGGGCUGCUUGCGACUGUCAGAAUAUGCUAUUACUGAACUGUCAAAACACUCAUCAGGCGAGAGUGUAGGCAUCCAGCUGUGUCAGAUACGUACACAUCUUUCAGAUUAUUUGACACCGUCAUACACAAGCCCGUGGGAGGGCCAGUGUCAACUAAAGCCCUCAUUUCAUUCUAACUGGACACCUCGGUUGGGACAUGAGCUUGUGAGAAAGCCAAAAUAUGUUCAUUUCAGAGCAGUCUGAAGGCUGGAAAACGCUCCUCUGUAGAUUCCUUUUCUUUUGUCUUUUUCCUUUUUCUGUAAGAGUCGGCUGCUUUCACAAAACACUAAAACAAGCACAUAGUUCUCCAGCACAAGCCGUUUCUCACACCAUUGUACUGGAGGUGUUGUGCACUUUGAAAAUGCCAUAAAAACAGCGAGAUGUCAGACAUAUGAAACAAGAACGUAUCAGAGCGCUGUGGGGAACGUUGUUCAUGAAUAUCACAGGCCCAUAUAAAUUGUAUUUCAUCGUAAACAAACAAAUAACUGUAUACACUGAUAAACCCUGAACUAUGUCACACUGCACAUUAGCCCCCUGGCUCAUCCGUUCUGUGGAUGAGCUACUUAGCAUGGCAAUGGGCUUACAUUGCUGUCGUAAGUGGAAUUUACUUGGGUAUUAUAGGAUUUGACAGGCAAAAUGACUCCGAGUAUUUUAAGUUUUACAUUGUGGCUUGUCAUGACUACUUUUUCACAACUCCCCCCUGUCUUUUUGCUCCUCCUCAGUGUUCAGUUAUUGUUAUUUCUUUGACUGGUUUCAUUGGUUAAUCCUGUGCUUGUCGGUGUCCUCAUUGUGUCUGACUGGACUUUGAUGAAAUGUAGCUUUAUUGUCUUUAUUUCCUAAAAACUGGUUGGCUGUUAAA